AUGCAAAUGGCAAAAAGAUUCCACAUAGAGAGUGAUAUCGAGAACGGUUACGUAUGCGAAGUUCCAAAUUGUCGAAAAACAUUUUCAAGACCAGAUCGUCUUGCUCGACAUCGCUUGAACCAUGAGACGGUCCCCAGACACAGGUGUUCGUGGCCUGAUUGUGGAAAAACGUUUGUCAGAAACGACGUCUAUAAAAAACACUAUCGUCGUCAGCACGAGAACAAGACAGAACCAUCUCAAGAUUCAUAUAAAAUAACGAAACCUGCCACGGAAAAAUCGCUCAAGUUCAUUAUCAUGGACGAGUCCAAUCUACCCAAGAGUGUGAAGGGUUCGAGUCCCAUACCUGAACCGCAAUUGAGUGACAAAGAGAGUCCCGCUAUGGUGAGCACCAACGAUGAAAAUUACAAAACCAACUAUAAAAUUCAAGAGAGUUAUAAGCCUGAAAACGAAACUUUGCUCGAAAACGACCCUUUUGGGUUUGAUAUGGACGAAUUGGUGUCGUCUGACGAGUUGAUAAGAUGGCUUUUUGGAGGCAUUGAGUCCAAGAAUUCCGAGCCUUCGUCCAUCAAUACAUGCUUGAGCUUGUCACCCAACGAGAGCUUGGAGAACUUUCCUGAACUCGAGGAUCCUCGCUCAAUUACUGUAAAUGACAUUUUCAACGAAUACAAGCAAACAGACCCAGACAUUCCCGAUUUUCCAUUCAGUAGCAACCAGGUUUUGAUCGACAAUUCUAUUAUGGAGACAUUGGAAGAUGUACUACCGCCCAUAAAAUUUCAAGAAGAGUUCAAAAGGGACAGACUACAAUACUUUUUGGAAAAUUAUUGGAAGUAUUAUCAUCCUCAAUUUCCAAUCUUGAACAAACCUUCGUUUUCCACAAAAAAGAGCCAUCCAAUCUUACUCUUAUCUAUGUUGACCAUAGGUGCUUAUCUUUCCAGCACGUUACAGCAGGAUAAAUCAAGGAUUUUUUCCGAUAGCAUUGCUCUGCCUCUUAGGUGGGACAUUUACAAGUCGAAGGAGUUUAAACCACCUCCUAAACUCUGGGUAGUUCAAUCUUUGGUUUUGUUGGAAACUUAUGAAAUAUGCUGUUCCUCGAGAGAUUUACACGAGAGAGCCAACCUCCACCGAGGAUUAUCAAUACAAAUGCUAAAACGAAGUCCCAUGUUUGGAGGUAAUCCUUGGUUCAAGUACAAUUCUAGUGGAAACUCAACAACCAUUUCUCCAUAUGCUAGCAAAGAACUUUGGUACAAGUGGAUUGAAGAAGAGUCCAUGAAACGCUGUGCUUUGGCUACUUUCUACUUGGAAACGCUCCAUGCUGUUGUAUUUGGCCAUGACAUGAUUAUUGAUCUACAUGAUGUCAAGCCAACGUUGCCUUGUAACGAAGAUUUUUGGAGAAGUGGAAAAUACUCUGAAAAAUGCUUGCAAACACCGUUGACGUUGUUGGCUGCGAUCAAGAGCAUUUUACACAAGAAACCAGUCAAAACUCGAGGUUUUGGCAAAAAGAUCAUUCUUUCAGGUCUCAUCGCUUUAUCUUUUGAAGUUAAAGACAGAGAGUUUGAACUAUCCAUUCCAGAACUAAAGUCGAUUAAACAAUUAUGGCAACGAAAGAUUAGCGAAGCUUUUAAAUUUUGGGAUUUGCAUUGCUCAGUAUCUUCGAAAAAUAACCAGGGCUCAUGGAUAGAUUCCUAUUCCAUACCUUUGCGAGAGUUGUACGAAAGUUAUACUCAUAUGAAACAUUACGAUUUUAUGGUUUAUGCUGGAGCUCCAGGAAGAAUGAAUGUUGAAUUUAGUGAAAAGGAAACCGAGCUUGUUAGUUCUCGAGUGGUUGAGUGGGCGGAAAAUAUGCACGGCAAGAGAGCAAUUGUGUUCAUAUAUUCCUAUCUCUUCAAUUUGGUUUCUGAUGCUACUUAUAAACCAAAGGAAGACCGAUGUCUUUAUCGAAAGCAGAUUAUUAGUCAUAUGUUGGUGAUACUUUGGUGCUACACUUUCCACACUUGUGGUCCCGAGUCCCAUGCCUUCAAAUGGAACUAUACCAACCCCGAUUUGAUCACUAGUAAGGAAGAAGGCCACAUCUACUUGAAUCGAGUAGUUGAAGAGUUUACAUUACUUUCAGGAAAACCGUUCAAUGGAGACAAUUUUUACAAUGACAUUGAAGAUUUUGCAAAAGUGUUGAAUUCUAUAUCUGCGAAGGAAAAUAUCGUUGGUCUACUUCGAAUGUUCAAGGCAGAAUACUCCACAGAUUUGUCGGAAAUAGCUCGAGAGCAUUCACGUCUAUUGGAAAACUGUAUUAACAGGAGUUUGGGCUCAGAUAAUGUUUUUUGCAGCAACAUGUUUGAGUAG